AUGAGCGCAGGUGGGUGGGCAGGCGUGCGUGUGCGUGUAUGGGAAAGCGAUGUGGGCUAUGGCGCGGCAAAUGAUCUGCAGCAGUGCCCUGGUGACAUGGCCCGCGGCCCACCUGCUCUGCGGACAAGCUUGACGCUUGACCCAAGCACGCGUGCCCUGCCAUGGGGCUCGUCGCCGGCACCUGUCCUGGAUACGCACACGCCGUCUUGGCUCCAGAUGCUGCCGUCGUCGCCGCAGCACACGCAGCUUGCCGGCACAAAGGUGGGACGGUGUCGGCAGGCCCCUUGCGUCACCCUUCCUGUACCGAACGACGACAUGGGCAGCGGGACGGCGCGCGGCGCUGCAACAGAAAAGUGUAUCCAUGAUGCCGCCGUGGCCGUGCUCUGCAAUGCGCGCCCUCGUGCUGGGUCGAGGUUGGGCGUAAUGAGGCCGGGCGGAGGGCUGCUAGCGGCCAUGGCUGCCAACGGGCCUGGCACCGGGCGCCCGGCUGGCACCAAAAAGCAAACCUUGGAUGCAUACGAUGAUGACUCUGGACGCACCACGCCUGGCUCAGUCUCGCACGAGGCGAGGGAGCGGGUGCUGGGGACCGCGGAGAUUAAGCCCUCUGCGCGUCGUAUCAUGUGGCUAGUCAGCGUCGGGCGUGGAUGCGAAAGCGUCGCUUGUGCCGACGAGCUGAUGCUAUACUAUAGCAGGCGUAGGGCGAGUACGGGGCAGGGCAGGGCAUGGCAUGGCACGGCAUGGCUUGCGUGGACGCGGUCAGGCAUGGGCGCUCCAUUGGCCAUUGGCGGCGGCGGCGGCGGGCAUGGUGCGGAAUGCCAUGGCAGCGCUGGUGCUGGUGCUGGUGCUGGUGCUGGUGCUGGUGCUGGUGCUGCCAGCAUCCAUGGGGAUUCCAGCGCAUGCCCGGGGGACAGGGCGCUCAGGGUGUUGGGCGGGCAGCCAAUGGGUCCCAGACGUCCACAGCGAUGGGUGGAGCCGCCUCGGACUGCCUCUUGCAUUCAUGCCGGCACGCCUGCGUGUAGUCGACCAGCCCCAGCCCCAGCGUCAGCGCCCGUUUCGCUUUUAAAUACGUCGCGUAUCGCUCUCGCCCUACCGCCUGAGAUCCCGGCCCUCUCUACCCACCAGCAGCCCGUCCUCUGCGACUGCUCUGCUGCUCCCACCCUCCCUCCAUCCAUACUAAAACACAAGCCCGCUGCUGCUGCUGCUGCCUCCAAGCCUCUUCUUCUCCUCCUCCUCCUCCCCGCCACCGCCUCCGCCGCCAUCGCUAACCCCGUCCGUCCUCUGCUUUUGUUUCCCCGCCCUCUGCAGCCCGCCGCCACCCGCGCCGCGUCAACAGCGAGAGAGGCGUCCCCCCUCCACCGGCCCAUGCCCAGCGCAAACGCGUCGUCGACUCUUCCACUCGCUGUCCCAAUUGCUGCUGCCUUUUACUAG